UUUUAAACGUUUAGAACAUUUAAAACGUCAUAUGAUUACUCAUACUGGUGAACGUAAAUAUACCUGUCAUUAUCCUGGUUGUGGUAAAAAAUUUGGCAGAUCUGAUAAUUUUGCCGCUCAUUAUAAAACUCAUACUAAAUCUAAUCAGAGGAGGUCAAGAAAAUCUACUAAGAUUUUGAAUAAUCCUGCUGAUAUUUCUGCUUUGGAUAUUACCCUUCCUCAAGAUAAUUCUACUUUAACUAAUGAUCAGAUCGAUGCUUUUCAUUAUUAUUGUGAUACUACUUCUGCUUCAAACUCAAAUUCUAAAAUUUUUAUGUAA